CUUCCUUCGCGGCACAGCAGGUAUCUCCAGCUCCAUGAGCUCUCUAGGGGAUCAGGUACGGAACUGGCACCAGGGCGUACUGGCCGUGGCACGCGAAGACUGGGACUGCGCGCUGUGCCUCUUCUCAGACGUCCGGGAGCCGCCGGCCAAGAUUUAUUUCAAUAUGGGCUGCGUGCACCUAAUGGCUGGGGAUCCCGAGGCUGCGUUACGGGCAUUUGACCAAGCAGUGACCAAGGACACCUGCAUGGCUGUUGGCUUCUUCCAGCGGGGAGUGGCUAAUUUCCUGCUGAAGAGGUUCCAAGAGGCCAUGUCUGAUUUCCAGCUGUCCCUGGCACAGCUGAGGGGCAAUGCUGCCAUUGACUACACACAACUGGGUCUGCACUUCAGACUGCAAGCCUGGGAGGUCCUAUACAACAUGGCAUCAGCACAAUGCCGGGCAGGGCUUUGGGCCAAGGCUGCUGACACUCUAGUGGAGGCAACUUCCAAAUGGCCAGAUGGGGCCCAACGUAUCCUAGACACUGCCCUGGACCAAGUGCAGAAACAGGUACCCCUGCAGCUACGGCAAGUCCCCAAGGGUGAAGUCUUCCAGCCGCCCAGGCAAUACCUACAGCAUCUGAAGCCCAUGGAUUUCCUUGGCAAGGCUAAGGUGGUGGCAUCUGUCAUCCCUGACCACCACAACACAGAUGGCUGGCCUCAGCAGAGGUUCCAGGUGGAACAGGUUGGCCAUCAGUCUCCUCCAUCCACUGGUGGUCCCAUGAGCCGUGCUCUGUGCUAUGACUUGCUGGCAUCUGGACGGCAUGACCAGGGCCCCUCUGAAGACUCCUCAGGAUCUGGGGGAGCACCAGCAAAGGACCCUGAAUCUUUGGUGAGUGUCACUGUGCAGUGCCACUUUACGGUGCCCCUGAAGGCCCCAAGAGACACUGACCUGUCCAGUCUCCGAUCAUUGCUGGCUCAAGCCCUCCUUCACCAGGCACAUAUGGGGCAGCUCAGUUACCAAGUGCCAGGAGAGGAGAGGUUCUGGGUCCCUAUCCCCACAGAGGAAUCACUGCAGGGUGUCUGGAGGAAUGUGACCAUGGGCCCAAGAGGGUUGCAGCUCCAGUGCCGGGGGGUCUGGGGCCGACCAGUCCUGUACCAGGUGCUUGCUCAACAUGAUUACUCAGCCCAAAGGCCUGAGGAUUUGGGCUUCCACCAAGGGGACACAGUGGAUGUUCUGUGUGAAGUGGACGAAGCAUGGCUGGAGGGACACCGAGAUGGCUGCAUCGGCAUUUUUCCCAAGUGCUUUGUGGUCCGUGGGGCCUAUGAGGAAGCCCUACCCAUUCCAGGACUCAAGCUAGGAGACCAGCACUAGCAAUACAUGUUGUGAUAAGAGCAGUUUUAAUUUAAACAAACAAAAACCUAUUCCCCUCA